GAGAAUUUUAUUAUUUUAUAUUUGUAUUAUUUUAUUAUUUCCUUCUACGUGACUUUACCGAAAGAACCAAGAAUAUAAAAUGAACUUUAUUGUCACACUGUUAUCCCCACCUCGGCAAUGGAAUGAACUUUAUUGAUCGCGCCGAUCACGUGACGUCGGAAUAACUUUAUUGCUCCGUCCCGCCACCGUUUGAAGAUUUCGCGCGACUUCUGAACGAGACGUGAGGGGCAGACGGAGCAGAGGGAGAUGAGGAGAAUGAUGAUGAUGAGAUAACAGGGACGAGGAACGAGGUAAAGAAGACGAGAAGAACAAGGUGCGAGCAAGGCAAGAGACCCCACGAGGAGGAGUAGAGGAGGAGGAGGCGCCAUGCAGAGCGCGGAUCUCGGGAACAGGGAGCGCGGCCUUCUGUGGCACCGGAGAGCGGCCCCGGCUGCGGACGGGUCGGUGCUGCGGGUGCUGCGCUCGGUCGAGGGCUCUCACUCGCGCACCGUGAGGUUCCUCCACGCCGCGUUCGACUCCACGGGCGAAGCCUUCGUCGCUGGUGACCACCAGGGCCACGUCUACCUCCUCGACCUCGCACGCAACUCGUUCCGCCUGGUGCAGCGGACAGGGCUGGCGUGCACAGCGCUGGCGUUCUGUCUGCGCCGGCGCAGCGAGUUCCUGGUGGCGCUGUCAGACUACUCCAUCAAGUGCUUCGAUGCCGAGACGAGCGAGCUGGUGAGCUGGAUGCGCGGGCACAACUCGGCGGUGAGUUGCAUCUCGGUGCACGCAUCCGGGCGGCUGGCGCUCACCACGUCCGGAGACACCGCCCAGCUCUGGGACCUCGACACCUUCCAGCGGCGCCGGCGCCUCACCCUCAGCAACAAUGACACCUUGCAGAAGGUGUUCUUCCUGCCGAUGAGCAACACCAUCGUGAGCUGUUUGAAGAAUGGCUCCGUGUUAGGCUGGGACGGCGACUCGCUCGACUGCCGCUUCCAGCUCCCAGUGCCCCCCACUAGCGCGCGACUCGCCUACCGUGUCUUUGCGGCCACGAGGGACGGGCGGACGCUGGCAUGCGGGGGCCGCUCGGGCUGCGUGCACGUGUGGGCGCUGGAGCCGCGCCGUCUCGUCUCCGUGCUGCAGAUGCCCCCAGCGGUGCGCGCCGUGCGCCAACUGCACUACCUGAGCGACGCUUUCGACGGCGGGGCCAACCAGGUGCUGGGCGUGCUGGCGCAGGACGGUGUGGCACGCUUCGUGCACGUAGGGACGACGCAGCUGCUCUUCUCGCUGGGCAGUGGCAGCGGCGGUGGGGAUGGUGCCCUGAGCUCGCUGGUGGUGUGCCCGGCAGGCCGGAACGUGCUGGGACUCGGCGAGGACGGCGCGAUGACCCUAUAUAGCAUCGCGGCGCUAACCCACUCGCUCAAGCAGCCGCCUCUGUCACUCGUCAGGGUGGUACAGGAAUCGAAGUCGCGCGGGAAGAUGACGCCCGCCGGUGACGCCCCUCCUACACGGCGCGUCGGCUCGGGAAAAGUGCGGCGGCCCUCCCGGGUACGUGGGGAGGCCGUGGGCACGCGGGUGGAACGAGGAGGAGGUGGGCACCAGCAUGGGGAGGAGCAGGUGGAGGGGCAGGGGGAGGAAGUGCUGGAUCGGAGGCGCCUGCUCGCACUGCUCAAGGGAUUUGGGGAGUACCCGGCUAAGUACAGGUUGUUCAUCUGGCGUGCGCUGCUGCAGCUGCCGGAGAACCAUGAUGUGUACAACGCGCUGGUGGAGAAGGGCACACACCCCGCGUACGGCGCCCUGCACCGGCACUACCCCGUGCGCUCGCAUAAGCUGCUGCGCGGCCUGCAGAGGACCCUGUCGGCACUGGCGCACUGGGCGCCCAUUUUUGGAGAAACGGAGUUCCUCCCUCUCCUCGCUUUUCCCUUCGUCAAGCUCUUCCAGAACAACCAGCUCGUUUGCUUCGAGGUCCUCGCCACAGUGCUCGUGAACUGGUGCAGCCGCUGGUUUGAGUAUUUCCCGAACCCCCCUCUGAACGUGCUGGCGUGCGUGGAGAACGCACUGGCGCACCACGACCACCAGCUGCUGCAGCACUUCGUGGACCACGGAGUCACCGCGCAGGUGUACGCAUGGCCGCUGCUGGAGACGCUCUUCUCGGAGGUGCUCACGAGGGACGAGUGGCUGCGGCUCUUCGACUGGGUGCUCUCGCGGCCACCCGCAUUCCUGCCGGCUGUUGCCGCCGCCUUCUCGUCCUGCGCACGCGGGGCCCUGCUCCGCCUCACGCAGCUCGAGGACUUCCAGUUCUUCUUCCACCACCGUGGCGGCGUGGACAUUGGGCGCUUGCUGCGCGAGGCCCAGCGGCUGCUGGACACGGCACCCCAGGACGCGCAGCCAGGCCCCGCCGCCGAGGAGCAGUUCCAGCCGCUCCCGCGCGGCCUCUACCCAGUGUUCAACAAGUACCCCGAGAGCGUGGUGCAGUUCCACGCUCGGGAGCGCGACCGCAUCUGCGCUCAGGAGCUGGAGUACUUGCGGGAGAAGCAGGUUCUGCAUGAGCUGGCGGGGGAGGCGGAGCGUCGCCGUGCCGCAGACGAGGCCUGGAGCCAGCAGCAGGCGGAGCUGGUGCUCGCCGAGGAGGGAAAGCGCAAGCAGCUGCAGCUUGAGGAGCAGCGUCUGGUGGAGCAGCGGGCACGGCUGGUGGCGAUGCGGCGCGAGCUGCGUGUGAAGGAGCUGGCCAUGCUGGACGCGACGCGCCGGCGCCACGAGCAGCAGCAGCUGGCGAAGCGCCGCACCGACCUCGCCACGCUCGACCACCACAUCGAGCACACGACGCGGCUGCGAGACCAGGAGACCGAGGCGGCCAUCCAGGAGGUGGAGGUGCGGCGCUUGGAGCUGGAGACCCAGCGGCGGCUCUUUGAGCUGGACCUGGCCAAAGAACACGAGGCAGUGGACAUGCUGGUGCGUGGUGAACUGGACAUGCACCGCCGGCGGGCAGGGGAAGAAGGCGUCGACGAGACGCUGACUCGAAGCCGCACGGCGAUGGAUUUGGAGAAAAACACAUCGACCGGACAGCAGGCUGUGCACACGAGCCUGGCGACGGCGAGCGGGCUGGCGCAGGACGGCGCGUGGCGAGGGGCGCUGGCGAGCCGUGCCGCCCAGGGCGCUGCGCGGGAAGAGGCGAGGGCCGCGCUGGUGGAGCAGGGAGAGCGCGCGGUGAGGCACGAGCAGAGGCAGCUGCUGGACGCCGCGCAAGCGCUGCACAACAACCGGUGGGAGGAGGUGAGGAGGCGCUGGGAAAUCCUGGAGGUAGAACCUCCCUCGCAUGACCACGUGGCCCAGCUGGGCCCUCGUGAUGCUCUCCUGGUGGAUGAAGAGAGCACCGACCAUCCCAUGGAUUACCUGGGCGAUGUCGGACGCCGGGUUGCAACGAGCGAGUCUCUGUGGGGCAAGCACUCGCCAUCGCCCAACCGGCCGCCCACGUGCCUCAACGACCCCUCCAGAUCGGAUGCCGCCCACCCACAGAUGAGGCCACACACGGGGCUGCCGUCCCUUGGGCGUGCGGAGCGUGAUCUGCUGGGGGACGUGCGGGAGCUGCGGCGCCGUCUGGCCGCGCAAGCCCUGGCCGCACCACCCACCCUGGCGCGGCCUGCCGUGUAUCGCACUUGACCCGCCGUGUAUCGCACUUGACCCGCCGUGUAUCGCACGUGACCGAGCGAAGCGAUUGUUCCAGACUGAGCCUUGAUCUUGCUCACGACUGCAUUUGUGUUACCUUUAUAUGCAGGAUUCUGUGGUCGGUAAUGUUACCUUCAUAUGUACACGACCAUGGCCUUUGUUUUAAUCUGUUAUUGACUGCACCAGCCUCUGCUCCAUUUGUCGAUGAGACACGCAUGCUUAUACACAUGCGCACACAUGCGCACACUCUAAAAACAAAGACUGUUAAGGCAAGUGUUGCUUGCGAGCAGCUAUUUGAGCCAGUACUGCAUAGGAGAUGGUGGUGGGAUCAGCACCAUAUACAUGUCCGCCUAAAUCGAACUCAGGUUUCCAGGUUAGUUGUGCAGUGCGAUAACCUCUGUGCCAUCACUUCCCACGUACCCACAAGAACAACAACUGCUGUUCUCCACGAAGUUGCAGUGACAUCACGGUGCCUGUUCCAGGCAAGGUACACUCUUGAGACCACGUUAAGUGUCGAAGGCUCGCUAGCAGGAGGUUACAGGACAGACCCAGGUGCUAUGCGUUGAUUCAGAUGAUGGACAGAUGCACCACCUGUGACUACCCAGAUCUCAAGUAUCUGUGAGCUCACAUAGUCCAGUCUAGUUAGACCCAGGAUGGAUUGUGGGCAGGCCAGCCUAAAAUUUUCUAAACGGCACAUGUUCUUUCAAAGGGGUCCACGUUUCAUAAGCACAGAGAAGGGAGGGAAUAAUUGUGGCCGAGAAAUGUGUGGAGCGACAGGCCAGGUAGUUGCCACGCAGCAUUACGCAGCUGAUGAAAAGAUGCUUCUCAAAUGAUUUGGAGUGAGUCCCCUUGCCAAACAGGAGUACAAGCACAGAGACAAGACACCUGAUAACCCUUACCAAAUAUGGCAAAUAACACCCAGUGGCAGACGAAUGUAACAUACUUGUUAUCGAAGUGGGCUUGUGUUUAGUGUUGUAUUAAUGUAUGCCUUAUUAAAUUUAAAUUAUC